ACGGCCUAUCGCUCCAAUAUGCAGCUAUCUAUAUAAAGGACUCAAACUUCAGCUUCUCCCAACACUCCCACCCUCAUCUCUUGUGUAUUAGAAAGAGCAAAGAAACAGUUGAGAUAUGUUGAAGCACAGCUUCCACAACUCCCACUCCACUCCCCAAACCCUAGUUCCGACGCACAAGCCUUUCCUCUGCGGCGGAGGCAAUGCUGCGGCUCCAUUCGCCGUCGCUCAGAAAUAUUCCGUCUCCACUGAAAAACUGAAGAAAAUUCGACUCCGGCGGACCGCCACCUCCAACGGCGUAAAGGCCGCCUUGACCGCCACAGAGAAGGCCACCGACGUUAAAGCGGUGGUCACCGUGCUGCGGACGGUGGGGGGCGUCCUCACCCACCUCGGCUGGGACCGAGGGCUCGACGAUAUAACCGACUUGCUUGGUAAAACGCUUCUCAUCGAGCUUGUUGCUGCGGAGCUCGAUCCUAAAUCCGGACAGGAGAAACCAACUGUCACGGGGUACGCACGUCGGACUGGGAGUGAUGAGAACGAAAUCUACUAUGAAACUUCCUUUGAGAUUCCGGAGGACUUCGGAAUGAUCGGUGCAGUGCUGGUCGAGAACGAACACCGCAAAGAAAUGUUCGUCAAGAACAUCGUCCUCGACGGCCUCUCCAGCGGCCCCGUCGACAUAACUUGCAACUCGUGGAUACAUGCAAAAUUUGAUAACCCUAUCAAGAGAAUAUUCUUCUCAAACAAGUCAUACUUGCCAUCUCAAACUCCAAGUGGGCUGAAAAGAUACAGAGAUGAAGAGCUCGGGAUUCUUCGUGGAGACGGCACAGGCGAACGCAAGACCUCUGACAGGAUAUAUGAUUACGAUGUCUACAACGAUCUCGGCGAUCCCGACGAGGAUGAGGAUUUGGCGCGCCCCGUUCUCGGCGGCCCCGAGCAUCCCUAUCCUCGCCGCUGCAGAACUGGCCGGCCCAGAACUGAGAAAGAUCCCUUGUCAGAGACAAGGACCUCAAAUGUUUACGUGCCAAGAGACGAGGCAUUUUCGGAAGUGAAGCAGGCGACAUUCUCAGCAAAAACUGUGUACUCGGUUCUUCAUGCAUUGAUUCCACAAGUGCAGAGUACCAUCGCCGGUGACAAGCCAUUUCCACACUUCACAGCUAUAGACGUUUUGUUCAAUGAAGGAGUCGAGCUGGCGGAUGCAAACACUGGUACUGGUUUAGCUAGUAUUAUACCCAGGCUUGUGAAGGCUAUCUCUGAUACGGGGAACAAUAUCCUGCGCUUUGAGACUCCUGAAUUCCUCGACAGGGAUAAGUUUGCUUGGUUUAGGGAUGCUGAAUUCGGAAGGCAAACUCUAGCAGGUGUCAAUCCAUGCGCCAUCAAAUUAGUCACGGAAUGGCCACUGAAGAGUAAACUUGACCCUGAGGUGUAUGGGCCUGCUGAAUCGGCAAUCACAAAGGAGCUGGUGGAAGAAGAAAUCGGUGGGUUCAUGACAGUUGAAGAGGCAGUGAAACAAAAGAAGCUUUUCAUUUUAGAUUAUCAUGAUUUGUUAAUGCCUUGUGUAAACAAGGUAAGAGAGCUCAAGGGGACAACUCUUUAUGGAUCCCGGACAUUGUUUUUUUUAAUGCCUUCCGGCACAUUGAGGCCCUUGUUCAUUGAGCUCACCCGACCACCAGUUGACGGGAAGCCCCAGUGGAAGCAGGUGUUCCAGCAAUGUUGGGAUGCCACUGGUGUCUGGUUGUGGAGGCUGGCGAAAGCUCAUGUUCUGGCUCAUGACUCUGGUUAUCAUCAGUUAAUCAGUCACUGGUUACGAACUCAUUGUUGCACAGAGCCUUACAUAAUUGCGACGAAUAGGCAACUAAGUGCAAUGCACCCAAUUUACAGACUGUUGCAUCCUCAUCUACGAUACACAAUGGAGAUCAAUGCUUUGGCUCGUGAGGCACUUAUUAAUGCUAAUGGAAUCAUUGAGAAAGCAUUCUCCCCUGGCAAGUACGCCAUUGAAUUGAGCUCUAUUGCCUAUGACCAGCUGUGGCGGUUCGACCUAGAGGCGCUACCAGCCGAUCUAAUCAACAGGGGAAUGGCUGUGGAGGACCCAACUGCCCCUCAUGGUCUGAAACUAAUAAUUGAAGACUACCCUUACGCCAAUGAUGGUUUGCUUAUUUGGGAUGCUAUUAAAGAGUGGGUGACGGACUACGUCACUCACUACUAUCCAGAAGCAAGCCUUGUGCAAUCAGAUAAUGAGCUCCAAGCAUGGUGGACAGAAAUUCGAACAGUGGGACAUGGGGAUAAGAAGGACGAACCAUGGUGGCCAGAGCUAAAAACUCCUGAUGACUUGAUUGGUAUUUUGACAACUAUCAUUUGGAUAGCUUCAGGCCACCAUGCUGCUGUAAACUUUGGCCAGUUUGAUUUUGGAGCAUAUUUUCCCAACAGGCCAACCAUUGCUCGAACUCCGAUGCCAACUGAAGACCCGAACGAAGAAGAGAAGAAUGAAUUCUUGGAGAGACCUGAACAGUUCCUGCUAAACUGCUUCCCAUCACAAUCUCAAGCAACAAUAGUUAUGGCCAUUCUAGAUGUUCUAUCCACCCAUUCUCCUGAUGAGGAGUAUAUUGGAGAGCAAAUCCAGUCAUACUGGGAGAAAGAUAAAAUUAUCAAAAGCGCGUUUGAACGGUUCACCGGACGAUUGAAGGAGAUCGAAGGAAUCAUCGAUGCUAGAAAUGCAGAUACAGAGCUGAAGAAUAGGGCUGGGGCUGGAUUGGUGCCAUACGAGCUUCUGAAACCAUUUUCUGAAGCUGGUGUGACAGGAAAGGGUGUUCCAAAUAGCAUCUCCAUUUAGUUAACAAUGUCUUCUCCAAGCUUCUUGGUGUUGUUGCCAGCAAAUAUGGAUCUUUCAUGCAUCAAACUAUGUUUUCUUGCUGGAACCACAGAUUGUGAACGUGUGCAAAACAAAACAAAUGAUUGUUUUCUACUCGGAUAGUUUUCUCUAAAAUAAGCUAAAUCUCACUUAUCAAUUACUUAUACUUA